UUGUAGAUUUUGAUUGGCGUCAGCGUGGCGAGCUCACAAAAGUAGCAUUCACCUGUUGCUAGCAUAUUUUUUAGCUGAAUAUUAUGAAAAUGUAAUAUAUAAAUUGUUGACUCAAGCUGAAAGAAACGAUAUUAUAUAUGAUGUGAACAAAUUUGGAAUGUGGGCGGGGUUUACAAAAACUCUCCAUUGCUAAGGAAAUCAAAAAAUGUACUUUUGUGUAUUCUUCUAAAAAUGACUUAUCCCAGGUAAUGCAACUUUUCUAGAUUUUUUUUUUUUUUUUUGCCUCCUUACCCUAAUAAGGGUGUUUUGGGGGCAUUCUCCUCACCAGAUGACCACCCACAAAGACAACCCCCCUGAAUAAAGUCACUACCCAGUCUUCUGUUCAAAUUAAAAUAAAAAGUAACUUUUACGGCUUCAUAAUCGGACAAAUAAAACCGAUUAUUUGUUGAAUUACUAGCUGCUGGCGCCAGAGGUGAGGUCCCGCCCGGGGGGCUCUUGUGUGGGCCCCGAACUCCGUGGACACGCCCCUGCACCCAGCGCGCGUCUCCCGCCGCGUGCUGCAGUCGGCCUUCCUCCCUGUCUGCCUCGGAGCGUGCUGGGAGUUGUUGGGAGAAGGAGGGGGAGCCGAGAGCGGGCACGCGCGUGGGGGUAACGUGUCCCAAACGGGAAAGCACUCCCAGAAAACAGGCAGAACUGGGCCGGAGGUUCGGGUCCGGCCGCCGCACUUUGCUUCGACCCGCCGGGGGAAAGUUGCGUAGCCGUUUUUCCUGCCGCGACGUCCGCAGCGGCGGGGGCUGUUGCGCCGCUCGCGGAGUUGAGGAUUCGCGGGUGGGAGCGGGACCGCGGCCCCGCCGCGUCCACCGGGAACCAUGAAGCAGCGAAGCGCCGCGCGCCCUCGGAACCCCCUCGCUGGCUAGAACCGAGCUGCUUUGGUCGUGUCCGCCUUCGCCCUCGGUUCCGUCGGGACGGGAUGCCGCUGUAGGAUUCCCGCUUGUUGACAACACUUUUCCCUGAAGUUUUGAAAGGAGCCGCGCGCGCAGAAACACGGAAAAUGUCCGCGCCGAGGUUCAAAAAGGACAAAGAAAUCAUCGCGGACUACGAGAGCCAAGUCAAAGAGAUCCGGGCUCAGCUGGUGGAGCAGCAGAAAUGUCUGGACCAGCAGACGGAAAUGCGGGUCCAACUGCUGCAGGACCUCCAGGACUUCUUCAGAAAGAAGGCAGAGAUUGAGAUGGAGUAUUCCAGAAACCUGGAGAAACUGGCCGAGCGCUUCAUGGCGAAGACUCGCAGUACCAAGGAUCACCAGCAGUACAAAAAAGACCAGAACCUGCUGUCACCGGUCAACUGCUGGUACCUGCUGCUCAACCAGGUGAGGAGGGAGAGUAAGGACCACGCCACCCUGAGUGACAUCUACCUCAACAACGUCAUCAUGAGGUUCAUGCAAAUCAGUGAGGACUCCACGCGGCUGCUCAAGAAGAGCAAGGAAAUCGCUUUCCAGCUCCAGGAGGACUUGAUGAAAGUCCUAAAUGAGCUUUACACAGUUAUGAAGACCUAUCACAUGUACCACUCAGAGAGCAGCAACGCUGAGAGCAAGCUGAAGGAGGCGGAGAAGCAGGAGGAGAAGCAGAUUGGCCGGACGGAUCCCGUCUUCAACAUGCGGAUGGAGGACAAAUACCAAAGACGCAGUUCUGUCAAGAAGAUUGAGAAGAUGAGAGAGAAGCGUCAAGCCAAGUACUUGGAGAACAAGCUGAAGUCGAUCAAAGCGCGAAACGAGUACCUGCUGACGCUGGAAGCCUCCAACUCGUCUGUUUUCAAAUACUACAUCCACGACUUACCCGACCUGAUAGACUCCUGCGAUUUAGGGUACCACGCCAGCCUGAACCGGGCCCUGCGGACCUACUUAUCGGCCGAAUACAACCUGGAAACGUCUCGCCACGAAGGGCUGGACAUCAUUGAGAAUGCGGUGGACAGUCUGGACCCUCGGAGCGACCGGCAGAGGUUCAUGGAGAUGUACCCCACAGCCUUCUGCCCACCGGCCAAGUUUGAGUUCCAGUCUCACAUGGGGGACCAGGUGUGUCAGAUCACAGUGCAGCCUCCCGUGAACGGCGAACUCAACCUGAGAUUCCAGCAGCUGCAGUCCCGUCUGGCUACUCUGAAGAUCGAAAACGAGGAGGUCAAGAAAACGUCGGAGGCCACGCUGGCGACCAUUCAAGACAUGGUGACCAUCGAAGACUACGACGUGUCCGAGUGCUUCCACCACAGCCGCUCCACCGAGUCAGUCAAGUCCACCGUGUCGGAGACCUACCUGAGCAAGCCCAGCAUUGCCAAGAGGAGGGCCAACCAGCAGGAGACGGAGCAGUUCUACUUCAUGAAAUUUCGAGAGUUUCUGGAGGGCAGUAAUCUCAUCUCCAAGCUGCAGGCCAAACAUGACCUUCUGAAGAGGACGCUGGGUGACGGCCACAGAGCUGACUACAUGACCACGAGACCCCCCAACGGGCAGCUCAGAACCCACACUGGCACCAGGCGGGCUCGGCCCCGCUCCAUUUUCCAUGUUAGGUUGUUUAAUGGCAAUUUGGAAUCCUAUAUUAAGGAUUCGGGACAGGCCAUCCCCCGCGUGGUUGAAAGCUGCAUUCGUUACAUUAACCUGUACGGCCUGCAGCAUCAAGGAAUAUUCCGGGUUUCUGGAUCUCAGCUGGAGGUGAACGACAUCAAGAACUCGUUUGAGAGAGGGAAUGAUCCUCUGACGGACGACGAGGACAACCACGACAUGAAUUCUGUAGCUGGAGUUCUCAAACUCUACUUCCGGGGUCUGGAAAACCCUCUUUUCCCCAAAGAGAGGUUUAACGAUCUGCUGUCGUGCAUCAGAAUAGAAAACCUCUACGAGAGGGCGCUGUACAUCCGGAAGAUCCUGCUGACGUUUCCCAGAACCGUCCUGGUCGUGAUGCGUUACCUCUUCGCCUUUCUUAACCACCUGUCCCAGUACAGCGACGAGAACAUGAUGGACCCGUACAACCUGGCCAUUUGUUUCGGGCCCACUCUGAUGCCCACGCCGGACAGCCAGGACCAGGUCUCCUGCCAGGCCCACGUCAACGAGAUCAUCAAAACCAUCAUCAUCCACCAUGAGAGCAUCUUUCCCGACGCCAAAGAGCUGGAGGGGCCCAUCUACGAGAAGUGCAUGGCGGGGGGAGACUACUGUGAAAGCCCCUUCAGCGAACACGGAGCCCUGGAGGAGGUGGACAACGAGGGGGGGACGGAGGCGCACACCAGCGAGGACGAGGCGGAGCCUAUCGAAGCCAUCGCCAAGUUCGACUACGCCGGACGCUCCUCCCGAGAGCUGUCCUUCAAAAAAGGCGCCUCCCUGCUGCUGUACCACCGGGCGUCGGAGGACUGGUGGGAGGGGCGGCACAACGGCAUCGACGGCUUGGUGCCGCACCAGUACAUCGUAGUCCAGGACAUGGACGACAGCUUCUCCGACACUCUGAGUCAAAAGGCCGACAGCGAGGCCAGCAGCGGCCACGGCGGCGAGGACAAGUGCUCGGGCAAAGACGUGUGCUCGCCCGCCGACACCAGGAUCGCCGAAGCUUACAUCGCCAGGCACCGGAAAAGGUCCGACCCGCCGUCCCGCCGGCCCCCGGCCCGCCCCAGCGACGUCCACUGCAUGGUGCACGCCUCCCAGCAGAGCCACGGCGGCACCCCGGAGAUGGGCUCCCCCAUCCUGGGCCACUUCAGCCCGAGGGACGUGCUCCGCGGCCGCGCCCACCUCCCCGUGGACAGCCCAGAGCGGCGCCACCGCCUGGGCCACAGCAGCCUCACCAACAUCAGCCGGCACGAGUCCCUGAAGAAGACGGAGAGCCCGCCCAUGCGCCGCUCCACCUCCUCGGGCCAGUACCCCGGCUUCACCGACGCCCACCUCCUCCACCACCACCACCACCACCACGGCGGGAAGGCGCUGGACCCGGAGACCAUCGCACAGGACAUCGAGGAAACCAUGAACACGGCUCUGAACGAGCUGCGCGAGCUGGAGCGCCAGAGCUCCGCCAAGCACGCCCCCGACGUGGUUCUGGACACGCUGGAGCAGAGGCAGACCUCCAGCGGCAGCAGCAGCGGCGGCGGCGGCCCCACGCCGGCCAGCUCCAGCGAGUCCCUGAGCCCCAUCCACGGCGUCAUGCUGAGGGCGGCCGUCAACACCGAGCCGCCUGUCCGGCGGAACGCCAGCGACCCCGUGAGCACCUUCAAGCCGGCGGUCGCCCCGCGCAUGGGGGUGCAGCUGAAACCCCCCACCCUGAGGCCCAAACCCAUGGUCCUGCCUAAAAGCAGCCCGGCGCCGCAGCCUCCCGCCGCCACGCCUCAGGACCCACUGGACAAGUCCUGCACCAUGUAACCACCUCACACCACCACCAGGGGGCAGUCACGGUCUGCAGAGACUCUACAAUCCUGUGGAUGUUUGUGUGUAAAAAACCUGAGAAGCAGGAAGACUAACCAGAUUAUUUUAGCUAACUUGUAGAAGAAUUAGUCUGAAACACAUUUAAGAAGCUUGGAGUCGUUCUAUUUAGCAUGUUUAUUUUUUUAUUCAAAGAGAAAAUCACAGAGACUUCCUGGAGGAUGUUUAGUUUACAGACUUUCAUGAACAAAACGUCUCCUGGUUUACUCCGCGGUUAGAGUGGAUCCUUCAGACUGUUUCUAACUUCAAAUGGUGCUUAAGAAAUCGUGAACGUCGGAUCAGUUUCACCUGGACACGCUUCCGUGGACGACUGAAAAACGGAUUUGAUUUGAACAGCAACAGGACGAAACCACUAUUUGACUGAGAACGUUUCAAACCUCCUUGAAUUCCUGCAGGUUUGGCUGAAGACGAUUGUUCUGAGAGUGUUCGGAUCCUGAACUGCAGCUUCCACGAUGAAUUUCAGAAAAACUGAGGAGGCUCCGAGGAGGUUCAUCAAGCCCCGCCCACUCCGCCGCCUCCAGGAAGACUUUUCCCGCCUGUUUCCCGUCCUCAUGGGGAAUCCUCGGAAAGUAGAAAAGUCGGAUUCCAGAAGAUUUAUCUUUGGUGUAGAAGAAUAUGUAUUACUAACUGCAUUAUUUUUGUAUCCUUUGUAUUUGGCGCUACAGUAGAGGUCAAAUAUCUGGAGGUUUAGAGCGACGCUAGAUGAAGUUGUGGCCGUGUCAACGAUCGGACGCAGCGGCGUCUUAGCUGUAAGCUAACCUGUGGUGUUGUGUACAUCUGUAGUGUGUACCUGUGAAAGUGCCUUUGACACAGUUGUAGAGGAACUUCCUGUCUUUUCAUAGAAGCGUUCAUGACCAACAUUUCCUCAGUCGAAGAAGAAGAAAGCGCGUUCUCUGUAAAUACCUGUACAUACGGGAACUCUGACGUCCGCAGUCCUUUCUUUGAGGGUUUCUUUGAAAUAAAACAGGUAGUUCUUUCA